AGAAGGAAGGGGGCGAACGGCGCGAGCUGGCGCCGAAAUGAGAGAAAGCAGCGAGUGAGAGGGGAGGGGGCGCCGGGCGAGACCGUGGAGCGGAGCGGCCCCUAACCCGGCGCCCGCUGCAGGCGCGCAUGGCGGGCGGGGCGCGCUGAUCCCUGCAGGUCAAGAGUAGCGCACAAGUCCCGGGCCAAUGUCCCAGGUGAGCGGCCAGCACCCCUCUCGCUGCGACGCGCCCCAUGGAGCCCCUAGCGCAGCUCCGGACCCAGCCCAGACCCUGUCCCUCCUACCCGGGCUGGAGGUAGUAGCAGGACCUGCUCAUCCUGCGGAGGCAGCGUCAGAGGAGGGCUCCCUGGAGGAGGAGGCACCCCCCAUGCCCCAAGGCAGUAGCCCUGGGGCUCCCCAGGUCCUGGACAGCACUGACCUCGUUGUACCCACAGAAGCUGUGACGUGCCAGCCUCAGGGGAACCCCUUGGGCUGCACCCCUUUAUUAUCAAAUGGCUCCGGCCACCCCUCAGAGCUGGGCCAUGCCAGGCGUGCUGGGAAUGGUGCCCUAGGUGGCCCCAAGGCCCACCGGAAGUUGCAGACACACCCAUCUCUGGCCAGCCAGGGCAGCAAGAGGAGCAAGGGCAGCACUAAAUCAUCCACCUCCCAGAUCCCCCUCCAGGCGCAGGAAGACUGCUGUGUCCACUGUGUCCUGUCCUGCCUGUUCUGUGAGUUCCUGACGCUGUGCAACAUCGUCCUGGACUGCGCCACCUGCGGCUCCUGCAGCUCCGAGGACUCGUGCCUCUGCUGCUGCUGCUGUGGCUCCGGCGAGUGCGCAGACUGCGACCUGCCCUGCGACCUGGACUGCGGCAUCCUGGACGCCUGCUGUGAGUCGGCCGACUGCCUGGAGAUCUGCAUGGAGUGCUGCGGGCUCUGCUUCUCCUCCUGACCC